CAAUUAUUAUAACAACAACAGCGUCCUCUGGUGUUCGCCUGGAAGAAAUUCAGCAAUGAGAUGGAGAAGAUUUGAUCAAUAUAAGUCGUUUCUGUUCAAUGUUGCUUUCAAUUUUGUUAUUUGACGAACUGUGACUAGUCGCCUAUUUUGUUUCCAAAUGUUUGAAACGUUACGGCCUCGACACGUCACGACCUCGUCAGUUAUUUCUAAAAGUGCCGUUACAUUUGUUUCAUACAGCGUCGCUAACUGGGCAGAAAUACGACAUGGUUGACAGGAAACAAUCUAGAGAUGAUUUUGACAACGACUAUGGACGUGAAUCGUUUGACCUCUUCCUUUGCUUUCUCACAACAACCUGUGCUGUCAGCAAUUUCAUUAUCAUCCUCGUUCAGAUGUUUGCAGGACUUUCUGAGGCGUUUGCGUUAUUUGUAAGCGAGCAGAUUAUUUUGACAGUCUUCAUCUUGGAAAUUCUGGUCAAGUGGAAUAAUGGGUUCAAGAUGUUUUGGAGGAGCUGGUGGAACAUUGUAGGCUUUGUGAUCACUCUAACUCUCAUCGUGGGAAACAGGAUAACCAGUAAUCCCAUAACUCAGAUUAUUUGCAAGGUGUUACGUAUGGUCCGUAUCAACAUAUGCUUGGCGUUCUCACAGGAAGCAAUGGCGAUAGUUCAGGUCAUCGGGGAUUUCAUUAAAGACACCUUCAUGAUCUUAUUCCCCUUUUUGGUCUUCAUGCUGGGGUUUGCAACAUUUGGUGUGCACUACUUCAGUUCUGUUCCUUCGGCAUUUGGGAAUUUAGAAUCUGCAUUCUACACUUUGUUUAUUUGUGUGACCGAAGAUGGAUGGCUAGAAAUCUACAACAAGUUUAAGGAAGACAGGUUCACAAGCUUACUGUACUUCAUGAUCUUUAUCUCCUGUGGCAUCUUUGUCAUUGCAAUGAUUGAGGUUCUCUUCAUGAAUAACUUGACAAAGUUGUGGCCGGACGUAUGGUUGAAAGAUAGUCUGGCAGACUCUGAGGACAGGCCACAUCUUAGCGCCAUAUUCAAGGAUCAGAGUCAUGUCGAUCAGAAGUUUUUGGAGACUUGGUACCCGAAGAAUCUGACUCCUGAAACCUAUGAUGAUAUAGUCCGUGUCAUGUUAGAAAAGGACCUUAAGGAACCUUAUGAGAUUCAGCGAGAGCUAGAAGGGAUUCUAGAGGAGGUUCUUAACAACCCUGCAAACAACAUGCAGGAUUACGGGCCUAAAAAUAAUAACUUUACCCUAGAAGAGACAAUAAUUGAGGAGGAGCUUGCCACUGGAGACAUUCUCACCGCUCUCCUCCACUUGGACCAGGCAAACCUUCUGGACACCCGCACCACUACACCAAACCUGAACGAAGGUGUGGCAUUACAUUUAGGAGUUUCAUGGGAAGCUUAUGGGGUUUGAAACUCUCAAUGACAUUGGAUGUAAAAAUGACG